AUCUGACUCGGAGCACCAUGCCUUAACCAUCAAGAUUCAGGCUCAUUCAGUCUUUCGCGAUUCCUCUCUGGGGACGACCAUGGGGGCAUACGCUCGUUCGUGUUUCCCGCUAAGUAUUGCUGCUUCCUGCUGGCAGCCAGUUGCUCGGUCCUCACUUCCAUGGAAGCUCCUGGGGACCUCUCCUCGUCCUCUUGCUGCUCGGGCCCUCACCACCACCACGACGCCGGCGAGCAGUCGUCAUCAUCUUCCCAACUUCACGUGGGACGACGUUCUCCGAGCUGCGGAGGCGGAGCAUUGGCCCGGGGAGCUGCCAGGCCUCCAAGGAUACGCUCACAAAGUCCAGAAGUGCAACCGUGGUUCCGGGUUGCUAUCCGAUUUCCUACCAUUUGUUAUUGAAGGCCAAGUUGUUGGGUACAUCCACCCAUGUAUCAUAGACCACCUGAAGAAGUUUCCAGAUGCUUUUUCUCUUGAUCAGAAUAAUAAUCAUGGCAACAGUGGUGAUAGCUAUGUCACAUUACAUUCAUCACUUAGAUCGCCUGAUGAUAGAACAGAUACGGUGGGUGAUACAAUCAAAUGUCUCGGUGAAUCUAUUGUUCCGGGUAUACGCAAUGAGUUGUACCCUGUAACUUCAGCAUUCGGGAUGCCAGUUUUCUUCUCUUUGGAGCGUGCUGCAGCCCCUUUGUUUGGCAUUAAGGCCUAUGGUGUCCAUAUGAAUGGCUAUACAGAAAAAGAAGGCAAAAAGUACCUUUGGAUAGGAAAAAGAAGCUAUGAGAAGCCCACAUUUCCAGGCAUGCUUGAUCAUCUCGUUGCUGGGGGACUGCCAUAUGGAAUCACUUGCAAAGAUAAUCUUCUAAAAGAAUGUGAAGAAGAAGCAGGAAUCCCAAGGAAUAUUGCUAAUGAAGCUCUUGCAGCCAGUGCCGUUUCCUAUAUGGACAUUGAGGGAUAUAGACUCAAGAGAGAUGUUCUUUUCUGCUACGAUUUGAAGCUUCCUGAUGAUUUUAUUCCAAACAAUCAAGAUGGAGAGGUCAGCUCUUUCAAACUUAUCCCAGUGACCCAAGUUGCUAAUAUUAUUCGGAGAACAGAAUUCUUCAAGCCAAAUUGUGCUCUGGUGAUUAUUGAUUUCUUGUUCCGCCAUGGGCUAAUAACUCCAGACGAUUCUGGUUACUUGGAGCUGCUCCAGAGUUUGAGACGUGGAGAGUGCACAUGAUUCUUCAUCAAUAUUUCCGUUGUCUCUUGCCUCCACGUUAACCCACGAUCUUCAGCGGAUCUGCCUUUGUCUGAGGGGCAUUGAACGCUUGUAAAUUUAGCAUAACAGCACUUCAUCAAUGGACAAGGAGCAUUGUCGAGUUUGCAGGUGAUGGUCUUUCCUGAGUUCUGACUCUGAGGCCCUGCAAAUAUAGUCGUGUGAUUUUUCCUAGAUUUCAAGCUAAUAAACCAAAUAGCCGACACCCUGUCUG